CAGAGAGCGCUGCUGCUGUGUGUAACACCAAAGACUCACAUAACCCGCGUUAUAGCUGCCUUGAGCGCGGCAGCGAAGUUUGUCUCUUCCGGGCAUCCGUCCCGCCCAGCCGACAAGCCGCUGAGCAACGGCAGAGUGGGUGGGAUUUGCUCCGCUCGGAGGCGGAAGCGGAAGUGUUUGUGGCCGGCUAGUAGGAAGUGGCGCUUCCGGGAGUGGAGAUGGCCGCACUGGCCCCGCUGCCGCCGUUGCCCGCGCAGUUUAAGAGCAUACAGCAUCAUUUGAGAACGGCUCAGGAGCAUGACAAGCGGGACCCCGUGGUGGCCUACUACUGUCGCUUAUAUGCUAUGCAAACUGGAAUGAAGAUUGAUAGUAAAACUCCUGAGUGUCGUAAAUUCUUAUCAAAGCUAAUGGAUCAGUUAGAAGCUCUUAAGAAACAGCUGGGAGAUAAUGAAGCUGUUACUCAAGAAAUAGUUGGCUGUGCCCAUUUGGAAAAUUAUGCUUUGAAAAUGUUCUUGUAUGCAGACAAUGAGGAUCGAGCGGGACGGUUUCACAAAAACAUGAUCAAGUCCUUCUACACCGCGAGCCUUUUAAUCGAUGUCAUAACAGUGUUUGGCGAGCUGACAGAUGAGAAUGUGAAACACAGAAAGUAUGCAAGGUGGAAGGCAACAUAUAUCCAUAACUGCUUAAAGAACGGGGAGACUCCUCAAGCAGGCCCUGUUGGAAUAGAAGAAGAUAACGAUGUUGAAGAAAGUGAAGAUGUUGGUGCCACCUCUCUGCCCACUCAGCCACCUCAGUCAUCAUCUUCAACAUAUGACCCAAGCAACUUGGCACCAGGCAGCUACAGUGGGAUACAGAUUCCUCCAGGUGCACAUGCUCCAGCUAAUACACCCGCAGAAGUGCCACACAGCACAGGCGUAACAAGUAAUACCGCGCAGCCUAGUCCACAGACUGGUCCAGUCAUCGAUCCUGACCUGUAUACAGCUUCCCAGGGGGAUAUCCGCCUGACACCAGAGGAUUUUGCUCGAGCUCAGAAGUACUGCAAAUACGCUGGCAGUGCUCUGCAAUAUGAAGAUGUGGGUACCGCUGUGCAGAACCUACAGAAGGCUCUUAGGCUGCUGACAACAGGCAGGGAGUGAAACGUCCGGCCUGGAAGCAUGUGUUUGCAGCCUCCAGAACUAACAGCCAUCACACUUUCCUCAGCCUGUCGGGAGCAUGGUUUGACAGAAGACUGCAGUUCGACUGAGUAUGACAAUGACCUCUGUGUGUUUCAGAUUCCUGGGGUCGCAUUCUUCAGCUGCCUCAGCCAGUUGUCAUUGUCCAGUGAGUAGAUCCAUUUAUCUCUGAGUAUAGAGAGCUGAUCUUAGCAUCAAACCCUGCUUCAAAAAAGGAAAAUGUCCCUGUAGAAAAUCAUGUUGGGUAUAAGCUUUCUUAAUUUAUAUACACUAAAGGAAGUUUUUGAAAAAUCUGUAAUAUUUGGACAAACCAUAUUAUGUUGCUAUAAUAUCCUAAAUUAAACGUUUAAUAAAGAUUGCCAGAAUAUUCUGGAUUGGA